AGCUCAAAAGUGUCUAUGUUGUGGGAGGUCCCUGAGGCCGCUGAGGUCGUUCGUGUCUGUUGAACGGUUGUGGGCGUCUUGCUGCUUUGGGUAGGGGGUUAAAAUCGUUUCUUGAGAGGAACGACUCUGUCCGAAGAGAUAAUGAGUUUAGCUCUGAGAAGUGAGCUUGUAGUAGACAAAACAAAGAGGAAAAAAAGAAGAGAACUGUCUGAGGAACAGAAACAAGAAAUUAAAGAUGCUUUUGAACUAUUUGAUACAGACAAAGAUGAAGCAAUAGAUUAUCAUGAAUUAAAGGUGGCAAUGAGAGCCUUGGGGUUUGAUGUAAAAAAAGCUGAUGUACUGAAGAUUCUUAAAGAUUAUGACAGAGAAGCCACAGGGAAAAUCACCUUUGAAGAUUUUAAUGAAGUUGUGACAGACUGGAUAUUGGAAAGAGAUCCCCAUGAAGAAAUACUCAAGGCAUUUAAACUAUUUGAUGAUGAUGAUUCAGGUAAAAUAAGCUUGAGGAAUUUGCGACGUGUUGCUAGAGAAUUGGGUGAAAAUAUGAGUGAUGAAGAGCUUCGAGCUAUGAUAGAAGAAUUUGACAAAGAUGGUGAUGGAGAAAUUCUUAAGAACAUACUCUUGCUUCCUAUUUGGUCUAGAUGUCUCAGUCUAAAUCGGGGGUUCUUCAGUGAAGGUGUACACUGGCUGAAUUGAUUAAUAAUUUUAUAUAUUUGAGCUUUAUUUAUUGGAAACAGAGAGAGAUCAUAGCUUUCCUAAGAUAUGCAGACAUGGCUAUUUAACUGCAAAGGUUAAAGAUCACUACUUCAAUUUGUAAGAUUCUUGAAAGUAGUUUGAAAGUACUACAGAUUUUGUAUUACGUUCUUACUAUGUCUGUCAUAGUGUUUUAUAGAUGUUAAAUAUUGAUUGCAUGGAUUUGUAGUUCCCUGUCAACUUCUAGAGGGUGCAUUUUUCCUAACUCGUAGCUUAUUUCUGUGAGGCAUACACUAUUCUCUUUCUUGACUGUAUUUCUGAUGGUAUUCUCCCACCCCAGCUCCCUUUCUACAUCCUUUCCAAAUUCUGUAUUUUUAUUUUAGAGCCCAAGUUAUGACUUACCUUUACCUGAAUUUUUCUCAUUAGUAAUAAGUUUUACCAUUGUGAAGGAUUUUUUUCAACACUGAUUUAGUCUUUAUUUUAAUAAUAAAUAGUAUUUUGUGUUAUAAAACAUUUGUUCUGUUUCAAGUAUAAAAACUGACUAACAUGGUUGUCAAAACUGGUUUUCUAUGUGGUUUCUAGAACCAGUGCAGUAUAUAUUCUUUCCAUUCCCUGUGACCAUGUUUUAUCUCCUCAACAUUUUUUAAUUGGCUAAUAUUUUCUAACUAUUCAUUAUGAAUAUUCUCAAAUGUAGAGAAAAAUUGUCAGACUACUACAGUGAACACCAUUGUACCUUCUGCCUAGAUUCAGUAAUUAGUAUUUUACCGCAUUUGCUUUAUCUGUUGUGUGUAUGUUUUUUUCUCAAUCAUUUGAAAAUAAAUUUCAUAUAUUAAGAACUUAAUCCUUUAGGCCAGGCACCAUGACCCAUGCCUGUAAUCCCAGCACCUUGGGAGGCUGAGGCAGGUGGAUUGCUUGAGCCCGGGAGUUCAAGACCAGCCUUGGCAACAUGGUGAAACCUUGUCUCUACCAAAAAUACAAAAGUUAGCCGGUCUCAUAAAUAAAUAAAUUAAUAAAUUAAAUUUUAAUAAUAAAACAGAAAAAAGCUUGAUCCUUUAAUAUUUUAGCAUAUCCAUCUUCUAAGAACAAGGAUAUAUCUUUCAUAAAGCUAUGAUACCAAUGUUACACUCAAGAAAGUUAACAAUAAUUUUAUAAUAUCAUAUAGUAUCUUUCCCAUUUCAGUUUUAAUGUAUACCAGAAUAGGAAGCCUGGUGUCUGUUUUGAUAUAUUACACAACACUUAUUGUGGUGUUAGCAUUCACUAGCCACUUAAAACUGUUUGAUUCAAUGGAGUAUUUUCAUAUAAUACCUUCUAUGGUAAAUAAGAGUUAAACAAUCUAAAAUAUCAUCUCAUAGUUCAGUGUUUUGAGAUGAAGGAAAUGAGAUGCAGAACUGUUCUGUGCAGAGCUAUGACUAGAAACCAGGUCUUAAUGUCUCUGUAGUUUUCUUUUGGCAUUAUCAAAAUUAUCAUUCAUAACUUGUGUCUUGCUUAGGUAUGUAUUAAGUCUUAGGGCUAAAUGCUAAAUACUUAGUAGAAGUAUCUUCUGAACAUUUUUCUUAAUUGAUAUGUGUGCAUAUAUUGGGUUUUCAAAAUUAUAUUCAGUAAGAUUAUCUGAUUUCUUAUUUCUAGGUUGCUGUCUUAAACAUAAUGUUUUAUAAAUUGGAGAUUCUUACUAUAUUUAUAAUUUUGGCAAACUAAAUAUUAGUCCUUAUCCAUGAUUAUUUUCUGCAUUUACAUCUAUAUAGUUGCUGGAUUACCUUGGCAAUUAAGAUUAAAUCUGUAAUCUUUUCAAAUUGUCAUUUUUAUUGAUACUUUUGAGGUAUGGUGACCUGGUUUUAAUUAUUCUUUAACAUAGGCUUUUAAGCAUAUAAAAGUUCAAAAAAUAAUAAUUUCUUAUUUUUAUAAUUUUAAUAUAUUUUCAUUCUUUAGAAAUCUAAUUUACAUGCAUGAUAUGUUCAAGCUUACUUGUAAAGGAAGGAUUUGCUAAAUGAACUAGUAGAAUAAAGAUUAUAAAGAAGAUUGUUUAAAGAACUUUGAAAUGUCAAGCAUUUAAAAUGUUUUAGCAAGUAUAUACAAAUAUGACUGUGAUUGACUUUUUUGGUAACAUUAUCUUUUCCCCAGUUAAUAUUAUAGAAUACUAAUUUAUAAUGUUUAUCACAUUAUAUGUACUUUUGCAUUCAAGAAGUUACAUUUAAUAAACAUGUUCCACUGCCUAACGAAGUAAAAGCAAAAAGCCAUGUCUUGAUGUAACAAUUUUGCAUAAUGUAAAAGUUUUUAAAUACUUAGUGUAAAAUGGUAGUCCUGGACUCUGAAAAAAUAAAAUGUUUAUAUUUC